AUGAAAUAUUCACAUUUGACAGCUGAUCAGUACAUUACUCUUCUCAAGCAAUCUCAUUCAACUAUUAACGCAACAAAAUUAUAUGUUAGUACACGAAAUGCUAACGUUACUAUCCAAAAUGUCGAAGAAAUUGUAUCAAUUCUUAAAUCUCUUAAAAAAUACAUGAAAUUCAAUAUAUUUGAUGGAAUCAUUGAUAUUUUAAAUCAAAAGGAGAAAGAAAUAAGUGACUCUACAGAAAAAAUUAAAGAACUUCAAGAAAAAUUAAAAGAAUCUCAAAUUUUAUCCAAAAUCGCAGAACUUAAGGAUUCUACUAAUUUUGAAAUCGUUUACAAUUUCCUUGAUGAACUUUCAGAGAAUGGAAAUCAAGAAAUGAUGUCAAAGGCUUGUAAAGAAGGACUUUGGAAAAAGGUUGCUCCCGCAAAAGAUGAAGAAAAAGAUCCUAAGUCGAAUGUACUUCAUGUCGCUUGUGAAAAAGGAAAUCUCAGACUAGUUAAAUCACUAAUAGAAUGUGGAUGUUAUAUAGAAGAAGAUGAUUAUCAUUGGCGUACUCCACUAAUUAUUGCAUCAAAAUAUGGUAAUCUCGAAGUUGUUAAAUAUCUCAUCUCAGCUGGAGCUGAAAAAGAAGCACACGAUUAUGAUAGAAAUACUCCACUUAUUAUUGCAUCAUGUGGGGGCCAUCUUGAGGUUGUUAAAUAUCUUAUCUCAGUUGGAGCUAAUAAGGAUGCAAAAAGUAAUGAUUUACCUACUCCACUUAUUGCUGCAUCAUGUAAAGGCCAACUUGAAGUUGUUAAAUAUCUUAUCUCAGUUGGAGCUGAUAAAGAAGCAAAAGAUAAUGAUGUUUUUACAUCACUUGUUGCGGCAGCAGGAUUUGGUCAACUUGGAGUUGUUAAAUAUCUUAUCUCAAUUGGAGCUAAUAAGGAUGCAAAAAGUAAUGAUUUACCUACUCCACUUAUUGCUGCAUCAUGUAAAGGCCAACUUGAAGUUGUUAAAUAUCUUAUCUCAGUUGGAGCUGAUAAAGAAGCAAAAGAUAAAGAUGGACGUACUCCACUUAUUGCUGCAUCAGAAGAAGAUCAUCUUGAUGUUGUUAAAUAUCUUAUCUCAGUUGGAGCUAAUAAAGAAGCAAAAGAUAAAGAUGGAAAUACUCCACUUAUGAUUGCAUCGAAAUGGAAUGAACUUGAGGUUGUUGAAUAUCUUAUCUCUGUUGGAGCUAAUAAAGAAGCAAAAGAUAAUGACGGAAAUACUCCACUUAUUAAUGCAUUGAAAAAUUAUAAUGUAGAAGUUGCUAUAUAUCUUAUCUCAGUUGGAGUUAAUAAAGAAGCAAAAGAUAAAGAUGAUAUUACUCCACUUAUUAUUGCAUCAAAAUAUGGCUAUCUUAAAGUUGUUAAAUAUCUUAUCUCAGUUGGAGCUAAUAAAGAAGCAAAAGAUAAUGACGGAAAUACUCCACUUAUUAUUGCAUCGAAAAAGGGUAAAUUUGAGGUUGUUGAAUAUCUUAUCUCUGUUGGAGCUAAUAAAGAAGCAAAAAAUAAUGAUGGAAGAUCUGCAAUCGAUGUUGCUUCGGGUUAUACGAAGACUUUUUUGAGUGAUAUAUGA